AUGACGGCGCCGUCCUAUGAACUUUCAAAGUUCGUAGGAAGAAUUAUUCAAAAUUCCAUGGAUAGUGCAUACAACAUUAAAGAUUCCUUCGAGUUUUGCGAUUUCAUCAACACUGUCACGUUACCUGUUGGAUAUUCGUUGAUUUCAUUGGAUGUGGUUUCAUUGUUCACAUGCAUUCCAAAGGAACUAGUAUGCCAUGACGUAAUUUGUUACUGGGACCAAAUAAGACCAAACGCUAAGAACAUUUGCUUGGACCUGUUUCUGGAGCUGGUUGAAUUUUGCAUCGACGCUAGUUUCUUCAAAUUUGAUGGACGGUACCACCAACAGGUCUUCGGAACAGCUAUGGGCAACCCUUUAUCGCCAAUUGUAGCGGAGCUUGUCACAGAGGUAUUGCUUGAUUGCGUACUCAAACAGCUUAAAAUCAAAGUGCCGUUCAUCAAAAAAUAUGUGAACGAUUUAGUCACUGCCAUUCCACUCGAUCAGCUUGACUACGUGCUCAAGAUUUUUAAUAGCUACAACCCUAACAUCCAGUUUACCUGUGAAACAGAGGAAAACAACCGGUUACCUUUCCUUGACAUGCUACUUGUCAGGCACGAUGAUCAACAUAUAUCGACGGAAUGGUACCAAAAACCGAUUGCAAGUGGCCGUUUUCUAAACUAUUUUUCGGCGCAUCCACCUCACCAAAAAAUAAACAUGGCCAUCAAUUUUAUUAGUAGAGUGAACAGGUUGUCCACCGGCCUAUCGGAGUCUGCAAAAGUCAACAUAAUGGAUCAACAUUUGAAGCUGAACGACUACCCUAAGACACUGCGACAUCGCCUGAUCAACCAGAGAAACUGUAGGAGUACCGAGCAACAUAGUUCCAACCAAUCGCCGAGUGAACACCUGGAAUACACUUACCGGUCAAUAGCAUACAUUCCGUAUCUCACCGAUAAGAUCAACGUCAUGAAACUGACAAUCAUGCGCACUCAGACAAUCUGA